GGUGGCUAACCCUCGCAUUUUUACCCCGUCGCCGCCAUUUUGCAUCAGUCAAGUGAAGCUGCGGCGGUCAACGCUCCGGGACAGUUGUUUUUCCCUACAAUUUUUAAGUCUUUUAAACCGGAAACUGGUAAUUAACACCUAAUACACUGUUUACAUCACAUAUUCGUUCUCACGCUUAUAAUGUCGACUUACCAUAGCUUGAAUACGUAGGUUAUUACGAAGCGAACAACCGUCUGUACUACGUUAAAGCUUAGCUAACGAUAAAGCCGCGAGGUAUCAGUGGAGGAGGUAGGCCUCUACUGUGUAGCUUUAGCAAAGGAAGCCUCGACUCAUUUAACAUUAUCUGAUGUUUGAUACGACAAUUUCAACGAUAAAGCACUGACAUUGAUAUUAAAGGCACACAAUUCCCGACUAUUAUAUAAACUUAACGACCAUUGUGUUGUCGUGUUUAGAUCUCGUAUCGUAACGUUCAGCGGUGUCUCAUUAGUCCUCUGCCGCCAUUGUUGGGCAACUUUGUGUUAUUCAAGAGUAAGUAUGUGAUUAAUUUCUCCACUGUUUUUGUCUUACCUUAUUUGCCGAACCUACUUUGAGAGUGACCCAAAUAUAGAUAUUAGUAGAAUAUGUCACAUAUUAUUUCUAACAAUAGUGAUCAGUCUGUUUGUCCAAUGCGACAAAAAUAAUUCUGAGAAUUUGUGUGUGUAUCAUUUCUGUUUAAGUGCUGUUUUUUUUUCCUGUAAGAUGGAAGCCAAAGAUGUUUUUCAGUCUGAUUGUCCGUAUCAAACUGAGGCCUCCAUAUUUCAAGUGAAUAAACAACCCAGAUGUGGGCCACUGGAAACCAAAAGUACAGCUUUUGAUCCUGGUUAAUAACAAUAUCAGAACCACAAUGAUAUAGUUCGAUUAUCCAGAUCAGCGGCAGUGAGUUUUCACUUACAUGGAUUUCCAUUACAGCAAAAUCCUGGUCUACUGGGGGCUUAUCAUGGAAAACAUUUAUCAAUGCCAUACCUCUGUGUCAGAAAGUCUUCUCUGUAUUUGUGCACUUCCUUCUGUCUCCUGUUAACCCCCUUUCAGCUCUUUGGGGAGUGUUUUUGAUUGAUUUGUAGGUUGUAAACCAUCCUCUUGGGCCUUGGGGGAAUCCCUGGAUAUGGAUAGCUUUCCCCCUCUUGAGAAUACAUUGGCAGAAGAUUUUUCUUCUCUUCAGUUGGUAACCAACAGCUGAAAAUCCCUAGAAGCUUGAGUACCCUGCCCAAGUUUUUUUUUCUACUUCCACCAAGUGUGCAAAAGGCCUGCAGCCCAAGAAGAAGCCGAGGAUUUUUUUUUUCAACUCGUCACCCCUUUGUUCCCCUUCUUUUUGCUUCACCAGUCUAAACAUUUUUGAAAGCAUUUUUCUUUUUCUUCUCUGGCUGUUUAUGCACCAUUUUUCUUUGGUUAAACCAAUUAGAAUAAAAAAAAAAAAGAGUAGUAAUAAAAGAAAAAAAAAGAAAGCCCCAAAGGACUCGAUUGCAUCCACCAGCUGUAAUGCUUAGCAGUCUUGGCGGAGAUAAAGAUGUCUCAGAGAGCCUCAGAAAAGGGAUGUCAUAGGAAGACAAGUGUCUCUGGGCGACCCACCCCCCUUUUCCUCUUAUCUCACGGAUCAAGUGUUCCUUCAGGACUCUAAACCACAACGGAGACAUCCUACCAGUGCUGCAUUCACGAGGGAGACAACUUCUCAGCCACCUCAGGUAAAGGUGAUGAAGUUAUGAUUGGCAGAUAGACGAAAUGAAAAGAAUAUUUAUUCUGGCUUUGGCUGUUUUAUGCAAGAUUUCCAUGAAUACAUUUCCUAAUCUAAUUCUCAUCACUGUUUGGUUAGUCAUAAGUUUAUGUUCUUGUUUUAGGUCUUGCUAUUUUGUCCUUAUUUAUCUUCCAAAUAUUUAGUGAGACAUUCUCUUGUAUUGUGGUUUUUAAUCCUUAAAGGAACCCUGUAUGAAGAUUACUCCACAUAAAGAUAAAAAAUAAAACUCGUUCACCUUCACUUUUGCCCCUUUGCAGUUGCAUGUUCUUGUUCCAGAGCACAGCGUGUUUGUGCUACCCAACGAGGUUACAAAGGACAGACUUUUUUUUUUUUUUGACUUAUUGAUUGACUCAAAUUAAACAAGAUACAACACAUAUUUUACAUAUCACAAAAGGGUGCAAAAAACACAUUUAAAAAAAAAUGUUACAGUCAGCAUUAAUGGUAAAAACGAGCACAUAUUUGCUCGAGCGUGUAGACAUGCCAGGACCAGCCUCUGCAAUUCCCUCAACUCCACUCAGGAUCUAAUCCACACCUUCAAUUUUACAGUAGUGUAAAGGACAUACAUUUACGUUCACAGCGUUUAGGGCAAACUGGUUCAAAGUGUCACAAGAUCCAAGUCGGAAGUGCAUGGCUGACUUCUCUUUUUUUGACCAGCAGCACAGAAUAUGGCACAUUGUGUCCACAACAAUACAUGACAAACUUCAAAAACUUCCCUGUUGCGUGAAGCCUCACAGGAUCUUGACUGCAGCGUGAAGCGUUUGUGUAAUUCAUUUAGUUUCUUUAGGUCAUGCCUUGUGUUUGCUCUACCUGGGUGGCAUGUGAGGAGUUAUGAUAACAGAGGAGUUGUAUUUGCCGUUUCUGAUGUGUUGUUGUGUUUGUAUGGUCAGGGAGAGUCCUGUUGGCCCUGAAGAGAACCAGCUGCUGGAUUUGAAGACCAAACCCUCCGCCACUGAAGACGCAUACCAGCAUUACUAUGACCAACAAUGGAGAUGACUGCUACUUCUUCUACUAUUCCACCUGUACCAAAGUAAGCUAAGUUAGGCUACUGAGCCCACUCACACUUUACAGUGAACCCAGUUGGGAAACUUCAGUUAAAGAGCAAAGCCUGACUGCGUUUGACUUCCCCUGCAGGGAGACAGCUGCCCCUUCAGACACUGUGAGGCAGCUAUGGGCAACGAGAUCGUUUGUAACCUCUGGCAAGAGGGACGCUGCUUCCGUACUGUCUGCAAGUUUCGCCACAUGGAGAUCACAGUAAGCUGCAUUCAGACAUUAGAUGAUCCCCCAAAAAACCCUGAAAAAGAUCCCCUUCAAGCUUUGCCCAUUGGAGGCUGUUGAUGUCUUUAAUGGCCAUUACCGGAGGGUAGAUAAUGUCUCCCUGUAGACCUGGGUCAGAAUCUCCACCUCUGCCUCUGGAUCUGCUGGGAGGAACACUUAAGUGCUCUCUCGACUCAAUAUGUCACAUUGAAAUGAAAUCACUGCAGCUAAGAAUUAGACUUGGAAUGCCUGCUGGUUGUAAUCACCUCACCAAGCUUGUUUUCCCUCUAAUGUUAUAUCCAUACAUAUCAAGAUGUUUCUAAAUAUAUCUAUAUGUUUUCCUCCUUGUUUUCAUUUCGACACACCUUGUCCACAGCAGGGGUGUUUGUGAAUAUUUCUCUGUUCAAGAAGCACUUAAUAAUUAUUUAUUCUGGUAACAUUUUUGGUGAAACAAUUACUCAGACGGUGUUAAAAGAGGAAUAGAUCCUGAAAUUCGCACUUGUCCUUUUCUUCCUCACUGUCAGAUUUGCUGUUUUAGUUCAAGUGUUUGUUUGCUUGGAUGAGUUUGAGAUGUAAUGAGCCGGUCUCCUCUCUGCGUGCUUUUACAUGUGUGUUUUCCUUCUUUUUCAAACAGAAAAACCGAAAGGAGAUCCCUUGCUAUUGGGAGAACCAGAUGGGCGGAUGCCAGAAGCCACACUGUGCCUUCUUCCACGAGAAACCCCGCUACAUCGACGGCAUGUUUGUCGCACCCAGUAAAUGUAAGCGGGUUUUGUUUGAGGCCUUUAAACCACGACCUAACACCUCGUCUGAGAUGGCACUAACUGGUAAUGCAUUUCUUUCAGCUCAAAUCAACACUGAGGAACAGCCACAGGAAGAACCAGCCCCCCCACCAGCUACUCCUCUCCCUCAGGCUGCAACCAACCCUCAGCUCAGAGGAGUCAUCAAGACCGACAGUCAGGAGCCAGUACCGAGCCCCACACACCCGCCGGUGGUGAUAAAUCCAGCAGAUGAUGAUGAGGAUGAAGAUGGUGAGCUGGCGUUGAUCUCAUAUUGACUUCCUGGUCUCUUUUAGUCCUGGUUCUUAAAGGGGUGUGACUUUGGUCUGUUUCAUUCAUGAGUGUUUGUCUUUUACAGAAGAGGGAGAGGACGGCAAGGUCGGCCCUUCUCCUCGAAAAAUACCCAAAUCAGGUGAGAAUUAGUGCUGAGACUCGUCGAAGCAGAAGGCUUUACCAUUUGUGGCCACAACCGUUCUUGUCUUUUAUCACUCGCUUUAUCUGGUACAUGGCAUGCUCUGUAUUACCAGGCGAUUCGUUGAACUUUGGAGUGAGCACCCUGGAGGAGAUCCGGCUGAGGAAGGCCCUCAAAGCCAGCAUGAAGAGGGCGGGUUACCCCAUCCAGAGUGCCGACACCUCGACCAACGGAGAGAAGGAAAACAUCCGCUCGUCUUGUCUUGUCUUUGAACCAAGACAAGGUAAAAAAAAAAAAAGGGUUGUAAAAAUUCUCUCAACUUCUGCAAGUUUGAAAUUUAGUUAGUCCUUGCAUCCUUCAAGAUUCUCCUUUUUUACUCAGUGAAGUCAAUAUCAGGAGCAUGACAAUGAAGAUAAUGAUUGUAGAUCGUUAAAAUCAAGACGGGGAAAGUGAGGUGAGCAAAGUGAACUUGGACCAAAAACUUAAAAACAAGGCAACAGCAGGAAAAUGUGAACAGGUGGAAGUGGUGACAGGAGAGAACUAAACUCACAGGGCUGCACAAGGACUCUGGGAAUAGAGAAGAUUGAUGGACAGUCUCCCAGAGCCCCAAGUGCUGUCUUGAAAUUUUCUCUCAAUCGGAAACACUCGACAGUUUUCGUCAUGAUUGAUAAAAGCAGCAAAUGCUUGUUUUAAAAUAGGUGCAGGAACCAAAAAAUUGCAAUUAACUGAAGACAUAAAAGGCCUGAAACAAACAUUGUAGUCGACUCGACAGUUUUUCUCAAUCUGUAAAUUGCUGCUUGGAUUGAACGAGUGCAAAUCCAGUGUUGCUGUUUUAGUAUGUGAUUGCAAUGCUUGGGCUAUUACAACUUGAGAGGAAACAUGUUUUACCGGUCUUAAUAAAAGCUUUUUCUCUGUCCCUUUUUUUUUUUAUUUUUUAUUUUUUAACCUAGACCCACUUUUCCUUGACGAAACUGUGAGACCAAGAAGCAGUUUGUCUGACAGGCUCGGGAGGAAGAUGAACAACACAGGUACAAUUUUCACUCUUGUGUCACCCGAUCACCAGAUUUCUCUUUGAUAAAGUGAUUCUAAGAAAGGAGACCGAUGAAUUCAUGAAUCGUCUUUGAUGUAGAUGGGAGACAGGCAGAAGGCGUCCCACUGAAAAGGAGUCUUGCCGAGCGUCUGGGCCGAGUUGUGGAAGGUGAUUCCUCGAUGCCCCCUCAGAAAGGUGAGAAUUGAUGAAAAGAAGCUCACUCUCUGGUGCUUAGAUAAGAAAUGACAGUUGUGCCUCUGACAUGUGAAUAUGAAGUAACUGUUUUGGUGGUGCUGACUUGUUUUUUUGUGUCUGCAGCAAUGAAGCCCAUAAGGGAGCGACUUGGAUUGUCCGCUGGUUCUGUUUCACCUUCUCAACAAGGUAAGAAGCCAGGUGAACAUCAGAGGUCAACGUCAUACUUUGGUUUGUUUGAGACAAAUGAAUCAUGCUCCUUGUUUAUUGUUUCUGCCUGUCCUUUCCUACAGAUGAGACCACCACUGAGCCCACAACGGCUCCUGAGCAGAUUCAAAUCAAAACCCUGGAGCAGAUCAGACAAGAGAAGGCGGCAAAAUCCCAGAACCAGAAAGAUGGCCCUCCAGCUGCGGCUCCAGAACCCAACAUCACAAAAGCCAUCAACAAUAAAACUCGAGGUGUCAAGCGAGCCAUCACGGUCAAAGACGACUCCAUCAGCGGUAUCAAGACCUUCUCUGAGAUCCUCCGGGCCAAGAAGAAAAGGCAGGAGGAGGAAGAGGAGGAGGAGCAGCAGAAUCGCAGCCCCAAGAAGGCCAAGCAGCCUGCAGAGAAGGCUGCAGGCAAGAACCAGGGGACAGCCGGACCUGAGAGUCCAGCUGCGGGGGAAGUUCGAGUGAAGACCCUGGAGGAGAUCCGCAGAGAGAAGGCAGCGAGGAUGCAAGCUCAGCAGGCGGAGACUGAAAACAAGAAGAGCUCUGACAGUGAGGAGAACACCGAGGCGAAGAAGCCUGGCCUGCUGCGCCUAAAGAAACCUGUUCCUCAAAGUAAGACACCACCUCAUAACCUUUUGAACAAAAGCCAUGUUCCUCAUUCUUCUACCAAGCAUAUUUAUGUUUUUGAUAUGAUCUCUGCAGGCACCACCCCUCCAGAGAAGACCCCUGCAGUCCCAGAGAAGCCUCUGAAGCCUGCAGCUGCUGCUCUUAAGGUAAGGUUUCUAAAGACUCUGCAGUAUUGGCAGUCUGUCCCGUCAUCCCCCGUCUCAUUGGACUUUUGUGGACUGAUGUACUUCCUGUCUUUUUGCAGACCGGUGCUGCCAAUGGGAACAACGUCAAGGUGAAGACCUUUGAAGAGAUCAUGCGGGAGAAACAACUUCGCAAGCAGGAGAUGGAGGAGCAGGCCAAAAACUCAGCCGAAGCAGAACCUUCCCAGAAACAGACCCCUGAGGAACCCCUGAAGAGGAAACCCGUCAGUCUUAAAUCACCGGGCUCUUCAUCACCGUCCUCCACCACUCAAGCCCCCGACACCACCAACACCAGCCCCAGGCUUCCUGUCCGUAAGCUGGCCCCGCUGAGAUCCAAGGCGGCUUCUCCUUCAAACAGCACAACCGCUGCAAGAGGAGCCACAGUUCCCUCAGUCCCUGUGACAUCGAGUUCUCCUCCACAAGAGCCCGAGUCCAGCUCCAAGGAGGUCCCGGACAACACUAAGACCCCAGUCACACUGUCACCAGCCAAACAAACUAGAGCAGCGCCCAGAGGUCCUGCUGCAGAAACCCCUGCUGCUGAUAAAACACUGAAGAGUAAGCAGAAGACGACCCCAGAAAAAACUGCAGACACCAGAGGUAUGACAGCUAGAACUGAGUCAGACAUGUCUUCAAUUUGAAGCUCACGUUUCGACUUGUAAACACUCCUGUUACAGUCGCAGAGUUAAGGAAAACUUCAUCACACACGCCUGUUCGACCUGCUUUUGAAGGCUCUCUGCAUGAAAAGAAAUCUUGUGGAAGUGUACGUUAUGUUCAAUGUCAUUAAACCCUUUUUUUUCUCUUUCAGUGAGGCCCAAACUGAACGUGAAGCCGUCCGUGGUGAAACCUGCUGUGCAGGUAAAACCGGGCCAGAAGAGGAAAGCUGCGGAGCGCUCUGCUGUGGCUGCUGUUAAACCUCUGAACAGCGCCUCCAAUGUGAAAGAAGAGCCGCUGAAGGAGACCACAUGCAGAGACGGACAGGUGGGUCUGCAUGUUUACGUCGUGUCCGUCUGCAACCGCUUUGAGUCCUCUCUACUGCAUGUCUGCUUUUUCUGAAGUUUCCCAUUCUUUUUCUAGGUUUAAUUGGGGAAAAAAACCCUUUGUGGUUUUAGAUCAUGUAGAUUUUGUGGUUUAACUUCUAUCCAAAGCGGUUACAGGUUGACUAAAGCGUCUGCUGCCCCUGGUGACUUUAACCUUCCGAGUCCCUCAUAAAAACUUCCUUUAGAGUCCCUCGUGGCUGAAAAAAGCCCCUACUUUUGACUGCUGUAAAAUCACAUUGGAUUAUCAUGUUUUUCCGAUUUCUUUUCGUACAUCUCUUAUUUUACUUCUGCCCUGUUCAAAACUAGCAAAUGUUUCAUUGAAAACAAAAAUUCUAACCCUUUAAGGGCCCAUUUAAGACAUACAGUCACUAAUACAGCAAAAAAUGGAAGGAAAAUGACCUAUGUUUAUUAUAAAACAUAAUCAGAAGUUGGUGACUUUUUACAUGGUGCAUAGUCUUGUGCAUGUGGAGGAUUAGAAACAGCAGAAUGUUUGGUACAGUUUUGUGUAACAUCAGAUUUUCAUAAAAACUGCAUUGAUGAAGUGAUUCUAUAAGUGCAUUCUCUUUCACAAACAGCAGGUGGUAGUCAUGUGCGAGACAGAAUUUAGUGUGUCUGUGUUUGUGUGUGUGUGUGUGUGCCUGCAUGCAUGAGAGAGAUGGGUGAGACUGACCCUGCACUGACCUGGCCAAAAAACAAAACAAUGCUCUCAGAACUACAGUCUAAAACAACAGGAGCAUAAACAACUCCAGACAAGUUGUUUAUGCACCUGCUGUCUGGCCUUUUGAUCUCCGUGGGCUCCACCCACGGCCUCACCCCAGCACCUUACAACUUGAAGAUUAUCAUGAUCAUUUUCUCGUGGGAAGAGCCCGAGAAACACCAUGAAGAGACGCUUAAGCAAAGUAGAGGCCCUUGAAAUGGUCCUGGAGUCCGACGACAUGGAGUCCAACGACAUGAAGUCCGACAACAUGGAGUCCGACGACAUGGAAUCUGACCCCGGCGUAGAUCCAUUGUCUUCUGAUUCAGAAGCCAUCACCUCAGCUUCCGAAUCGGAUCCCGAUUUUUUCCCGCUGCCCUCGUCUUCUUCUUCUUCUUCUUCACCUUCCUCGGAAACAGAGGAGGAGACAGAGACUACGCUUGACCGCUCUGGAUGGAAGGGGAAAAAUGGACAAGUUUGGUCUCCCUCCCACAUGGAGACAAUUUGCAAUCCACCUGCAAUGGCCACAAGGAAAGCGGAACCGACCUACUACGCCAUCGUGAGGAGCCAUAGUAUAGAGUCGACAUUUGACCUCUUUUUCACGCCAGACGUGAUUGACCUUGUGGUUAAAUACUCUAAUCUUCAUGGAGGCCGCACUCAAAAGGGUUGGAAAAAAUUGGACACCUGCGAAUUUCGGGCUUUUCUGGGGCUCCUGAUUUUUGCAGGCCUUUUUCGUUCAAGAGGAGAAACAACUUUCUCCCUGUGGGAGGGAAUGCAUGGUCGAGCUAUUUUUAGAGCAACCAUGUCGCGAAAGAGGUUCCACCAGAUAUUACGUGCAGUGAAAUUUGAUGACGAGACGGAACGCCAGGCCCAAUUCAAGAAUGACAAACUGGCCCCCAUCAGAUCCCUGUGGGAUAUGUGGAGACAACGCCUCCCUCUUCUGUUCAAUCCCGGCUCAGAAAUCACAAUUGAUGAACAAAUGGUUCCUUUUAAAGGGAGAUGCAGAUUUAAGCAAUAUAUGCCUAAGAAACCAGCAAAAUAUGGGAUAAAGAUCUGGACGGCUGCAGAUGUCUCCACGUCUUAUGCUUGGAAGGUCUCCAUUUACACGGGUAAGAGUGAAGCCGGGAGAGAGUUUGGCCAAGCGAGACGGGUGGUUUUGGAUUUGCUGGAGGAUAUUACUGGGAUCACAGUGACCUGUGAUAACUUCUUCACAUCUUACCAACUCGGCCAGGAGCUGCUGAAGAAAAAAAUCACCAUGGUCGGGACAAUCAGGAAAAACAAACCUGAGCUCCCACCCCAACUCCUGAGUGUAAAAGACCGAGACAUCCUCUCCUCCGUCUUUGCGUUCACCAGCAACACAACAGCGGUCAGCUACAUGCCUAAGAAGGGGAAGAAUGUGCUCCUCAUAAGCACGAAGCACAGACAGCCAGCAGUAGAAGAGGGCCCAAAGAAGAAACCCACAAUCAUCAUGGACUACAAUCACUGCAAGGGAGCUGUAGAUACUCUGGACCAGGUAUGUUUCUUUUUUGUUUUUUUUCUUUCAAUUAGUUGUAAGAGAUGAAUUUAGAAGAUGUAUUUUUUGUUCUGACAAUAUUUGCAUGAUUAUUUUCACUGUCAUGUGAGGCUUUAGAGCAAAGUAUAUUUAGUUCGUGUUAUUUUAUCUUUACAGCUCGUCCACAACUUCAGCUGCCAGAGGAGAAGUAGGCGGUGGCCACUGACUUUGUUUUACAAUAUGCUGGACAUUUCAGCUUACAAUGCUUACGUCAUCUUCACCAAUGUGGAUCCCUCCUGGAACAAGGGAAAGCGAGUCCGGAGGAGGCUGUUCCUUCAGGACCUGGCACUUGCUUUGACGACCCCCGCGAUAAUGAGGAGACGAACCCUGCCUCGUUCAUCUCAAUCUUCUGCACUUGUGAAAGAGAUGCAGUCUACUGCACAUGGCUCUGUCGCUUUCAAAGCAGAGUCCAAAGAAGAAGAGCUACUACCCCCCAACCUCCCUGCAGGGAAGAGGAGAACAUGCAAGAUGUGCAAAAACAGAACCAUCAACACUUGUGUGAGCUGUGGGUGUCCCAUCUGCAGAGGACACAGCGCAAUCUCCUGCCUGUCCUGCAUCCAGAAAUGAACACACACACAUGGUAACACGCACAUUCUUGCUCUAUCGUCUCUCUUUUCAUCUCCUCAUCUCCUCCUCAUCCUCACAGCCAAAAGGUAGCUGUUGUUCUGCUUAACCCCUUGCAACAUUGAAUUUUUGAAACUUUGGUCUUGUUUUUAUUUCAUUGCAUUUUGAGCAAAAAUAUCGAUGUGAUCAAAUGUUACAGUGGUUAGAACUUUGUUUAUGAAAGCAAGCACACACACACACACCACUUGCUGCCACUUGUGGGCGGCAGUAGCUCAGGAGGUAGAGCGGUCGUCCAAUAACUGGAAAGUUGGCGGUUCGAUUCCCUCCUAUCCCAAGUCUGUCCGUUGUGUCCUUGGGCAAGACACUUAACCCACCUUGCUCCCAGUGUGCGUCCUCCACUGGUGUAUGAUUGUGAGUGUUGUGUGGUGGUGGUCGGAGAGGCCGCAGGCGCAGAAUGGCAGCCACGUUUCCGUCAGUCUGCCCCAGGGCAGCUGUGACUACUAAGGUAGUUUACCACCACCAAAAAAAAGUGUGACUGUGUGAGCGAAUGAAUGAUGUAUCCAAUGUACAACGCUUUGAGGGUCUCUGAUAAAGCGCUAUAUGAAAUCUGAUGCGUUACUUGCUACAUUUUAAUUUUUGCUAUAUUAGUGACUUUAUGUCUUAAAUGGGCCCUCUAAGGGUUAAUUUUUUUAUUUUCAAUGAAACAUUUGCUACUUUUGAACAGGGCAGAGUAGGGCUGGGCGAUAUGGGAAACAGUUUAUCGCGAUAUGUUUUUUCACAUCAGUUCAUAUUGAUAUAUAUCAGAUAUGAGAAAUGAAAUUUAACAGUGCUUAUUAGUAGCAUGUCUUUUGCAAUACAAUAAGCUACAGCAUCUGUGAGGUCUUUGUGUCUCUUCAAUGUUUUUUCGUGAGGCGUUGCGCUAGCGAAAGCAGCCUGAAUGGUCGGCUGUUUCAGCUGCACAGGCGCCAUGGGCUCCUUGCUUUGCUCGGGGUUUGUAAGCUUUUGCAUUGUACGUGCUCUGCUUCAGUGCUGUUGGCUUCACGUGUUGAAGUGCUAUGGUUGCAUGUUGCUACUGCCUGCUACUACGUGGCUGUUUGCUACUUGUUUCUCAUUCAGCACAUGAUUGGUUUAGCAUGAAACUCCCCUUUUCAUCGGCCGUUUGCAUAGUCUACCAAAACAUGGCAGAACGCAGACUAUUGAAAAGCAUAUUGACCAUGUUUCAUAUCGAUAUUGAGGGAAUUUAAUUUUCGAUAUACAUUGUUAUCGUUUUAUCCCCCAGCCUUAGGGCAGAAGUAAAAUAAGAGGUGUAUAAAAAGAAAUAGGAAAAAAAUAUUUAUCCAAUAUGAUUUUACAUCAGUCAAAAGUAGUGGCUUUUUUCGGCCCCGAGGGACUCUAAAGGGGUAAAAAAAGGGGUCCUAGGUGUAUUAUUGAUCUGGUGAAAAUGUUGAAUUCAUGUUUUCAAAUCGUAUGUCAAAUUAAGCAUCUGUGCAAAAAAAUUUAUCCCAUUUGCUGCAGUAAAAAAGAAGUUCUAUUCAGAUGAGUCUCUAGAUUUUUCCUCAAAUGGCUUUUUUCCGCAGGUCUUCCCGUCCUCCAGUGCAGAGGCCCUGCUUAGCUCAACUGUUCCCAGCGGUCCCAGCACCCUCCUGGACUCCGGCUGCAGCUCCAGCCCUCUGAGAGAAGACCCCCAGACUGUCCCUGUUUUCAAACAGAAUCUGAGUGAAGAAACCAAAUCCACCAUCAGCGUCCCUGCUGCGAGAGAGACCUGCGCAGUCCCACAAAGGUAAAGAUCCACAGAGAAACCAAAAGUCGUCCUCAAAGUUCAAACUUAAACUGCUGUUUUUACAAUGAAGGCAUAAAUGAAGGUCUUUGGCAGUUUUGGUGUUUUUUAGACAGAACUUGACCGUACUUUGAUAAGAAGUUGGUGACACAUACCUAACUUUUAUUCAACUGAUAGGAAGUGGUUUAGAUUUUCGAUAGAGGAUUCUCAUCUGUCCAUACAUGCAUAAUAAUUCAUGGACUUGUAUACAUUUCAGCCCGGUCCUCAAGACUCCCCCUCCGCCCAAGUCCAGAAGAUUGAGUGCAGCAGCGUCCCGCGCGGCCUCCACCUCCAGCAUCGCGGUCUCCACGUCCGCUGUGGAUGACUUCGAGGACCUGAUCAGCGAGUUCACCGAUGAACAUCUAGAGGAAGACAUGGACCCCGCUAUUGGAGAGGACGACCUGCUGCAAGAGCUGUCGGAGAUGAUUGACAGCUGAGGAGUCUGCCGAGUACAAAUAACCCCCCCCCUUACGAACACAUCAUGUCUUUGUAUUUUUGAAAAGACUUUGUUUCAUUUCAGUUUUUAAACACAUUUUAGGUUUAUGUUUGUCACGUUAGUCUUCUCUCCUUUUCAUUUCCUUCUCAUGUGAUCAUCUGGCUGAGUUUUCCUGCAGGGCUUACAUUUUUCAUGUCUGUUCAUGAUCGUUUCAAACUUAUCAGGUUCUGAAAAAAUAAAGUUUAAAAGAAAAACCUUAACGGUGACAGAUAUUUGUAAGGAAAUCCUCAGUCUGAAGAUGUUUGAGGAUGAUGGUCAUGUUGUUAUAGGGAGAAGUUAAAUCUGUAUACUGUGUAUGCAAUGGGAAAGAAUGAGUUGUGUAGAAAGAAUGCACUAUUGGUAACCUGUCCUCACCUGUUUGUGUUUUUGGUGUGUCAGUGAUUGGAUUAGUCGGCUGUUCCCCAGAUUAUGACCUUUAAAUGUGUGAUUUUUACUUUUGUUUUCGGUCCCGUGUUCAAAACUCAGGUCUGACCCUGAGAGAAAGUUGAGAUAAUUUUCCAAAGUUCAUAAGCAGUUUUACAUUCAGGACACUUUGUUCAAUCAAGUGGACACGUUUUCCACCUCUGCCUCUGACUGUCCUUUCUGGUUUUUAAGAUCUUUGAAACGUGUUUUUUUUUUAAUGGAUUUAUGUUGAGAGCGCAAACUCUGAAACAACCAGUCUUGUCUUUGUUACCGUACACCUCAGGGACUGUUUUCUGAUCUUUCACACAAACACUGGUCUUACAAGUCAACCAUGCUGUCUUCAGUUGGCCUUUUCUAUUCAAUGUGAUGUUGGUUUAUACGUGUCUUCUGAGGAAAGAUCAGCUUGUUUUUUGGUCUUGAUGUUUAUUCUGUCCCCACUCUUUCCCAGAAUCUUACUGUUUAAAGUGAAUUGUACAGAUGAUGUGUAAAUAAAGAGUACUUUUAAUGACCUGCA